CUGCACACAAGUCACGUUGUCGUUUUGACCCCCGCCAGAUUGCUGGCAUACUCAGCUACCUGGUUGCAUGCUGGGCACCGCAGCGCCUUCCCGCGCCUGCGUUUGCGGCACAUGUCCUCCCAGCAUGACUCACAGACACACUGCUGCAUACAGGGGAAGAAACACACUGUGGGCAGCCGAUCCAGGCACACCACACACGUGCCCUUCCGCCUCUCCGCCUCCCCCAGCAGCUGGCUCAAGCUACGCUGCUUCUCGAUUAUCUCCUCUUUGAAGCCUUCGAUGGCAGCAGAAUCGCCGCUCCGAAACAGCAGGGUGCCAACACUCAGUCUGAUGCGUGCACACACAAAGGGAGGCAUAUGCAUGGCUGAAUCGGGCCGUGUCUCUUUGUGUGUUGUACCUGUCGUCAGCCACUUGCUCGAUCUCAUCGCGUUUCUUCUGUAGCGACACAACCAAGGUCUUCUGCAGGGCCGUCUGGUCCGCUUGUGCAGAAAGCGCAUCUAUCAGGCCGCACACACAGUGACAGACGGGGAGUAAGGCACACAUGCACACACAUCCAGGGAGUACUCACCGGCGGGUCUCGGUCAUGAGUUUGGCAACCGUCUGCCGCUGCUGCUGCUCCGCUGGCGACGAUGACACGCUCAACCCCCUGCAUGUGCCAUGCACAUUUGUCGGCGUGUCCUUGUGAGGUUGGAGUGGACUCACCGUGUAUCGUCGUAUCCGUCCCUUGGCAUGGCGACAGCCGCAUCGUAGAGCUUCUGCAGCCGAGUGGCUUCAUCGCGGAUGCGUGAGCAGAAACGAUCUACUUCAUCUGAUGUCGUCGUGGCGAUCAACGAGGCACGCGUCAACCUGCAAACGUACAAUAAGUGGCCAGCACAGUGGCCAUUGGUACCCGUCUGAAUACCCCUUUUGAAUGAUCGCACGACAGCACUCCUCAUGGUACACGCUGAUCGAGGAAGGAGACACACACGUGCGAACGGCCAGCGAGAUGUGUGUGCGACCAUGACGGCGUAGCGUACGCAAGUAUGGUAUCAACGGCCUCCUCCGCCAAUGAAGAGAUGUCGAGGUCAUCGUUGACCACCAUGAGGGCGCACAAAGGCUCAACACAGCCGCACUGAACCGCCUGCCGCACCUGAAUAGACACAGACACCCCUUGUGGUUUCUUGUGUCCUUGAUGGAUGCGGCACUUGCCUGAGUGGUGUGUCUGGGUGUCCCCUUGUCCGCCGGCGAUGGCAGAACUAUGACAUUCUUGAUGGCCGUGAGAGCCAGCUUCUUGGCGGUCGACAGCACUCGUGCAGCGGCGAGAACCGUCGUCGACGGCCGCUCGCUGUCAGUGGUACAGGCAUCUCGCAGAAUGUCCAGCAGAGGCGUCAGCGCCGUGUCAAGGAUCCGCCGCCGCGACUCAGGCUGACUUUGGAUGAUGAAACCCAUCGCCACCAAGGCGUGCUCUCGCACCACGCCGCUAGAGGACGACAAGAGCUCCGUCAAGACGGAAAGGGCCCCAGCUCUGACGACUGCUGUAGGCUGCUCCGCUGCGAUGUAGCUGAGGGCCUUUGCCGCCUCCUGCUGCAGGUCAGGCCGGUCGCGGAUCUUGCACAACUUGAUAAGCACCGGCACCACACCGGCCUUCACGAGCCGCUGGGUUAGCACCUUCCCAUCGAUGGACAGAUAUUCGCCCAGCUGCUGUGUGGCGCUGAAGCGGCGGCUGUGGUCGUCCCUAUGGAGUGCGUCAACGAGGUCAUCUAUCAAAGCCAUGCGGCCAGAACGAUGAGGGCCGGCUGCAUCUGCCGCAUCCAGAUCUUGCCUCAGAUCUUGCCUCAGAUCUCA